UGAAAAUGUUCUUAUUAUGGCAAACUGAACAUCUGCUUUUAAAAUUUUUGUUUGCUAUUUGCACCAUUUUUGCUUUGUCUUAGCUAAUUUUUAAACCCUGCAUUAGAUUUUUUCAAUUCCCUGAACCUACCAAAACUAUGCCAAUUUCUUUUCUUCCUCAUACUGGCGAUAGCGAGCAGAAAUAAAUUGCGAACGAGUGUUAAAUUCAGCCAUUAUAUCCUGCGACAACCUAAAUGCUCCUGCUACUAUUCUCGUAUUGAUUUUUCACCCUUUGGGUUUCGAUAGUACAACUGUUGGGCGACGAUCCGCGCCCUUCUGCUGCCCGAGUGGCAUUUCCAGCAACAUGGAUAUUUCUUUGUUGUACGCUGAUCCAGAAUAUCCAGGAUACAGGAUCCCGGAUAGAAUAUCCCUGAUUUGCCGCUUUAGGCAGUUUGCGAUAAACCAUCCUCGAGCUGCUGAAACCUCUGGCCUCCUGCUAAGGGUGUUCCUGUAUGGAAACUCCUUUUGGCAUUGUCGUUUGGAAAACUUUAGCGGCAGUUUCACCGCACUCUGUGCAGAGUUUCAAUGCGUCCUUAUUGGUAAACUAUUGAUUUUGACCAUGCAUUGGCCGGUAGAUGGGCCUCAAAUAGUCGUAUAAGGGUGAAGUUUUCGAUUGAAUAUCGUGAAAAUAUGUAACCAGAUCUACACUGCUAGUGUAGCAGUGCAGCCGAUCGUGCUUGUCUAAAUCGCAUAUCCAGGGUUACCAGAAGCUUUUCCCGAUCUUGUCUAAAUUUAGAAGCGGGUUUCUGUGCGUGUAGGAUUCCUGAAUGCCGCAUACAGUGCAGUUUCUAAUGUGAAGAGCCUGCUUACUGCGAAACAUUUGCUUGUUGGAGCUUGGAACGCGGUGCAAAUGAAAAUUCCAUAAUGUUUUAGAUAAAGCAGAAUGUCAUCAAUCGUGUUCGGUUUUUUAAACGCCGAACUUACCCCAAUUCCCCAAUUCCUGAGGGGAAUUUUCGGCGCCAAUUUCAACAGUGCUCUGACUAAUUUCAUUACAUGGUUAUUUCUGAUUUGGAUUAUUUUAUACGUGUAUUAUGACAAGCUGAUUAAUGUUUUAUUUAAAUACCUGAAAUUUCCUCAAUAUCUUCGAAGCCGCCUUACGAACAGCAUCUGGGACUUUUCUAUGCACACGUGUUUUUUGGUGUCUUUCCGCUUUUAUAUUACCAAGAAGUACCCGUACAACAGUUGGGACGUGUUGCUGUUUUUUGAACAUCAGGAAGACUCAGUUUCCCUUUUAGAUAGUGUCACUUUUGCUGGCUUGUGUUCGUGCCUUUUGGCCAAUGCCUGCAUCCAAGGCGUGCAGCGGUCGUUCCUAUGUUUCGUGAAAUUCGCUGCAUUAGCCAUAUGCUGCAGUUGUGCAUAUAUUGUAGGAUUUCCGAAUAUGUCCUUCACUUUGGCGGCCCUGCAAGCUUUUCCAGGGAUGCUGGAGGAGCUGACCAGGCUCUCCUUCUGCGGGCUUAAUAAAAGCAACAAACUCGGCAGAGCUAUAAUUGACUUAAUAUUUGUAGACAGCCUGAUAGUUUUCUGCAUUGUUUACUUAUACGCGAUUCCAAUAACGUGCGUAGUUCCGGUGGUAUUGAUGUGGUUUCCUGGAAAUACUGGUCUGGUGCAUCUGGUACUGUUAAUCUCUCUGCUCUGUUGGAUCAGUUUGGUCAUCUACACGUCACCAUCGGUGAACUCAACUUUCCAUCAAUUGUGUCACCGGGAAACUGCCAGUCUCCCCACAGAUAUCGAAAAUCAAUCUCUACCCAUGAGGCUUAAGUGCUUGGGAACCUUGACCGAAUGCGCCUUAUUUCCUCCUCGACUUGACGAUGGGUUUGUGAUGGCAUUCCUAAGAUCAGAAGAAAAAAAGCGGAAGACACAGUUAAAUGCCAGCAGGAAGCCGAAGAAUAAGAACAUGAUAAUUCAGACUCUCAAGUGCAUGCUGACAAUAAAGAAGAAAUUGAACCAGAAACUGAAACGGCGUCGCUCGGAAGAGAGCGCUGAAGCAUCCGAACCCGAUUCGGCACAAGACAGUGAUUCUGACGACAGUUCCACCAGUCACGAGUCCUUAACUGAAGUCAAAACUAGUACUAAGAUGAUGGAACUUCAGGCUAAAUCCGAAGAAGGCUCGCUGCCACUCGAGGUGAAGGAGGAAGACUUUGAAGCAAUCGAGUCAGAGAUUAAGAGCGAUAAUUUGGAUAACCCCAUCGGCCAAGACAGGGAAGAUUCAGAAGAUUUGGACGAACUGCGUAAAACUGAAAAUACUGAAAAAUUAGACGAUGUAACCGAAGAAGUGAAGAGUUUGGUUGACGCUUGUGAACUGGAAGAACCUGAAUCCGGUCGGAAUAAAAAAACGCCAAAAUUGGAACACUAGAAGAAUAUUUAGACGAUGUAGUUACUGUGUUUUUCAAUCAUUAAUAAACUACAAAGUUGA